CAGUCCGCCGACGUUAGACGGACGAGAUCAGAACGCGGCUACGGCUGCCGGAGCUGCGACUAGCGGGAGAAUCGUGCCUGGAGCAUAUUCCUCCGCGGUACCGGUACCGACCAGGUUCGCCCGCUCUGGGCCGGAGCGGGGAGAGGUGGCGCAAGAGGGAGAGAGCGAGAGAGCGAGAGAGCGAGAAUUCCUGUCACUGCCUUGUGGCCGAGGGCGAGGGCCAGAAGGCAGAGAGAGGGUGCUUUUCAAGAGGGAGGGAGCAGGAGGGUUGAGGAGCAGGUUUUGAUCGUGGCGGAGGGAUCGGUGCGAGGAGGCGAGAGCAGGUGGAUCACCGAAAUGGCGCUCGUUGCCGGUUCUCUGCAUGAGUGGCUCACCAAUUCCUCUUACGUUUGGGGCAAGGAUCAAACUGCGGCAGUUGUGAAUCGAAAGAAGGCCCGUGCUCAUCGAAAAACUGGCAGCGAGAGAGAUGCGCAUACUGCAACCGUAGAGCGAGAAAAUCACGAGGCUUCGAUCAAGGUCAGCAAACGGAGAUACCGUAGAUGGCUGAAUGACAGGCUCCUGAGGGAGCUCGCACCGCCUUUGGAAGCAUCAGAGAUUGCUAGUCUCUUCGCUCCACCUCCAUGGGGCGAAAAGUCAGCAAUUAGUCCUCUAGAACGAGUGACUGGUGCAGGUCCUUCUCCAAUGCAAGACGCCGCCGGAUGGGAACCGUUUCGACAUAUCGAUAUGGACUUGCAGGCCAAGUUGUUGAGGGCAGAUCGGCCGAGAAGUAUGAACGGUAGCAAUGGCACCGUAAAGCAGACAUCAGCAAUGGAAGCUUGGCGUCAAGUAGAACGUACAGCGCGAGAUGCUUUGCGGAGGAACUCCCAGUCGCCUCUUCUGGAACUCUAUGAGGAGAAGCUGCGAGCUUACCUUUCCGAGAUUGAAGAGGGAGACAAUGGCAAGGAGCUUGUGCUAGAAGUUGAAGCUCCUUUUCAUCGUCUUCUAUUGCACGGAUUGAGUCAGUAUUAUGGAUUGACAUCCCGAACCGUGACGGUAUCAGAGGCGAAGAAGGUCGCUGGUGUCGAGGCAUGUUCAGACCCGAUAGUUAUACACAUAAAGAAGCGAGAGUCCUCGAAACCCAAAGCGUUGCUCCCUGGGUCAGUUGGCCGUCCGAAUUUGACGCAAUUUCUGCGGGAAGUGCAACAUCGACCCCAGGUUGCAGUAGUUUGUUGAGCCUGUCGCGAUUGGAUUAGAUCGUUAACUGACCAGUCAACUUAUCAGACGAAACCUUGUACAAGUUGUAGAAUAUUAGCCAUCAUCAUUGAGCCGUCCCAGUGGCUCGAACUGGAAGAAAAUAGUGAAGUCGGGCGGUCAUUCUGCUGACUAGCAUGAUAAAUGACCUUCCAGACGCAUGGAUUGUGCGUUCCAAUCAGAUUGUCAACGCAUAUCCAAAACGUUCUAUGAGCGAUGGACCAUUCCGUUUCUACUGCAGAUGCAGUUAAAUGAAUCAAGUAGAUUGAGUGCACACUUGUAGUAUAUCUUGUAUAGGAGGUUGGAGAGUUUUUUUUAAUCAAUACUCUCGAGCCUCUCACAGUUACGAUGCCAGUGGUGUAGCUUUGUACUUGGAAAGUGAACUCACGAUGCACGAAAGGUACAACUCGUCGAUCGAUCAUUUGAUUCAAAUGGACAAAGUUGUCCGAACAGCACAUUUGUGAAUGUCGUUUCGUACAAAACUGUCAAAAAGCUGGAAAUGAUCUGUAAGUGCCUCGCUGAUAUUCCUCUACUGGCCUUUGCCCGUACCAUUCUAACAAGAACGCCACGCAGAGUAGGACGUAUAGAAUAUUCUUCCAAGUAUUGCUUCUAUGAGGAUUUCUUUGAGACUGUUUCGUCUCAGUUCGUAUGAAACCUUCCUGUACGUGCAUCACGAAUUAGUUCAUGCUGUCUGAGAUUCAAUGUCUGAAAGUUUGGCAUGAGAUGUCUAAACUCUGUUUCCUUCGGAGAUGGAAACUCGUGCUACGUUUUGCCGUGGCCUUCAAAAGCGAGAGUUUGUGAGCAGCAUCUGUUUGCCAUCAGUGGGAAGAUCGAUGAGGUUGUAUCGCUGGAGUCCCGUCUUAUCCUCUUUGGACUGCUUAGGUUCUGCCUUUGGAAUCGCCAAGCUGCCGUCUGAUCUCGUGUCUGUCAUACUUCCGGAUUCUCCCCGUCCAUGGCUACUAUUUAUCCGGUAUUCGAGUUAAGGUCUCUUCAACGC